AGAAGAAGAAUAAUUUCCCCAAUUUCCCAAUACUUGUUAGACGAAAGGAAAUAACAUCAGACAAUUGCACUGAUUGUCUGAUGUUAUUUCCUUUCGUCUGAAUUAUUGGGAAUUAUUCUUCUUAAAACGCAUUUUUGUUUUAUGGUAUAUGUACAUCCGGCCAUCGGGUAACUCAUUGCUAUAAGACUGCAAUAAUGUUCCUAUAUGGCAAUACGUUUCAUAUUUUGCUGUCAUUCUAAGGAAACGUGUCUGGAUUUGUUCUUAAAUUUCUACGGAAGUCCCUAAAUCAGCAGAGAUGGGUAGGGAGAACAAAGCCACUUGGAAAGCAAAUUAUUUUAUUAAAGUUGUGCAACUCUUUGAUGAAUAUCCAAAAUGUUUCAUCGUCGGAGCGGACAAUGUUGGUUCCCGUCAAAUGCAAACCAUUCGCACUUCACUUAGGGGUAUGGCAGUGGUCCUCAUGGGCAAAAAUACAAUGAUGCGUAAAGCAAUCCGUGGACACUUGGAGAAUAAUGCUAAUCUGGAAAAACUGUUGCCACAUAUACGCGGUAAUGUGGGUUUUGUCUUUACGAAGGGGGACCUAAACGAAGUGCGUGACAAGCUAACUGAAAGCAAAGUGCGCGCCCCAGCACGUGCUGGUGCUAUUGCUCCGCUUGAAGUUAUCAUUCCUGCUCAAAACACUGGUCUUGGCCCGGAGAAAACUUCAUUCUUUCAAGCACUAUCUAUUCCUACGAAAAUCUCUAAAGGAACUAUUGAAAUUAUUAAUGAUGUGCCCAUCUUGAAACCUGGAGAUAAAGUCGGUGCUUCCGAAGCUGCUCUGCUCAAUAUGCUGAACAUUUCGCCGUUUCAAUAUGGACUUCUGAUUGAACAGGUGUAUGAUUCUGGGAGUAUUUUCUCUCCCGAAAUCUUGGAUAUCAAGCCAGAAGAUUUGCGUGCUAAGUUCCAAUCGGGAGUCGCUAAUUUGGCAGCAUUGUGUUUGCAAAUUGGGUAUCCUACCCUCGCAUCAGCACCACAUAGCAUUGCCAAUGGUUUUAAGAACCUUUUGGCUAUUGCUGCGACUACAGAAGUUGAGUUCAAACAGGCCACAACAAUUAAGGAGUACAUCAAAGAUCCAAGCAAGUUUGCUGUUGCUGCAUCUGCUCUAAGUCCAGUGUCAGUGGCAGGUGACAAGGCACCAUCAAGCGAUGCUAAGCAUGAUGAUAAGAAGGAAGAGUCAGAGAGUGAAGACGACGAUAUGGGCUUUGGACUCUUCGAAUAAGAUUUAUUCUACACCCCACUCUUGCUAGAUCAUGAGAUAUUAGUGCUUCUGUUACAGAAAACAGUCAUGGUGUUUUAAAGCAAGAGCGUCAAUAAAUUUUAUCAAGAAACAAAA